AUGCGUUGCUCUAUUCUUGCCUUCGCUGGCGGCCUUGCUGCCCAGUCUCUUCAGCUUGCAGCUGGUCAAUCUGCUCAAUUUCUAUCAUCGAAUCCUGGCGGAGCUAUUCCAGCCAUGGUCCAGGCACCAAGCACCUCUGGAUUCAUGCAGUCAACAAUCCAACCAUCCAGAGGAGGUCUGUCUGUCUGCGUCUCUGGAAUAGUGCCCGUGCAAGUCAGCACCGCAAUGAACAUGGCCUUCAACUUUUCCGUGCCCGAUAAUCAAACUGGGGUGACCCAGACAUUCCUCUCAAUGAUUUCAAGCGCUUCUCCUUUUGUGCAACAGCUCAUGGCCGGAACGCAGUCUGUGAAUGGGACCUACAAUAUCGGCGGGACUUUGUGUACCCCAGCGAACAAUACCACGCCGAAAACGGUCGAGAUCCUUACCCAUGGCAUUGGCUUCGACAGGCUGGCCACGCAACGUUUGUCACACCUCCCCAAAUUCUCAUUUGCAGUUGACCUGACCAUCCGCAGUUUCUUUUAUGACCGUCUUGGUGUAGGGCAAUCAUCCAAGCCCGAUGCAUUGACCAUACAGAGUCCUCUUGAAUUGGAAAUCCUCCAGUCUCUCAUCACGAAGCUUAAGAAUGGUACCUUGAGCAACAUUACGCCUACCACCAUUGUUGGUACGGGACACUCUUACGGCAGCUCUCUCGUUCAAGGAAUUACCUCAAAAUACCCCAGCUCACUCAACACGGCCAUCCUCACUGGAUUUUCAGUAAACUCGACAGGAUCUUCAGCUUUCGUCGCUGCCUUGAAUCUCGCCAUUGCGUCGCAGAAUCAGCCCUUGCGAUUUAGCGGCCUCAGCAACGGCUACCUUGUCUCUAGUACCUCGAUCUCCAACCAGCUCGCAUUCCUGCAUGCCCAGAACUUUGAUCCCAACGUGCUCAGUCUAGCCGAGGCAACCAAAGGUUCCGUCACGUUCGGCGAGCUCUUCACCCUGUCGGCAGUGGUAGCCCCCGCUGCCAACUUCACUGGUUCGGUCGCUGUCGUGAACGGAGACAGUGACCUUCCCUUCUGCACUGGAAACUGCUCCUACCCAACCAAUCUCGCCCAGGCAGCCAUUACAAUGCUAUAUCCAAAGACGAAUGUUACGGGCACUUACGUGGCCCCUCUUACCGGCCAUGGUAUCAAUUUUCACUACUCCGCCGUGGCGGCUUACCACUACAUCCAAGACUUCAUCGCGAAGGGCACCUCGUCAAACAGCACCUCCACAUAA